ACCUGAAAAUCGGAAAAUCGAUGAUAAUAUCAAGUAAACAAUGACUGCAAUAAAAUACUCGUAACGUACCUCUGAAAAUCGAUGCGCCUCCAGCCGAUUGGUGGUGCCCCCUACAAGUAUAUUUCUUCGGCAAUUCCAUCAACAAAGAGACGAACCGGUCUAAACAAUUCCUCCAUAUUCUCCCCUUAUUUAACAUCACAAACUCCUACGCCAGUGCAUGUGACUAGCCCCAGAAAACGCUCACGACAAAAAAAUGCGUCUGCCUGACAUUUGCCAAAAAAAUUUGAACCUGAAAAACACAAAACUAAACAAAAAUAAUAGAAAAAUUGACCGUGAAAUUUCUCAAGGACCCAAGGAUCACAAAAUGAUGGAGAUGAUGAGUAAGAAUCUUCUGUACAUGUGCUGCUGUGAGAAUGACCGAAGGCCGAGGCAAGUCCUGAGUUUUCUGUGAUGUUCAGUCGUGUUUUUGAAGCGCUUAGUGCAACACUGAUCCUAACCCGGUGUAAUUAAAAAAAAAACUCAACAAUUGGAACAAAUAUUUCCACAGGUGCUGAUUCCACAGGCACUUGGAUUGACAAUUUAUCGACAGGUGCAUGGAGAAGACGUCUGUCAAGUGAAAAAGUGCGGGAAAUUCAGAUUUGAUAGUCGAUCAGUGGUGAUUUAUUGAUUGGUUAUUGUGAUAUUGUUUAUUUUUUUUUUAAACGAUGCCAGAUCGUUUUACUGUAACACCAGCGAACAAUACCCAGAGGCAGUACGAGUGUGGAGUACUGGUGGAGGAUAAUCAAUCUCCGGGUGAUUAUGGAGUUCGUUGUGCAGGCGGAGAUGGAGAUCCCAUCGUCGACGGCAAUUCGGAGAAGAAGUCGGGGUAUGAGACGAAUCUCUAUCUGUACAGUGAGGAACCAGACGACCGACCGAGCGUCGCGACGAUUCUUUCGAAUUUGGCGGACUACAGCAACACGAUUCCACCAGCAACCGAUCCAGACAGCAAGACAGCACCACCAGCACCAGGAGGUGCUCGAAUGGGAACUCUUGUCGGUGUCUUCUUACCUUGCAUUCAAAACAUCUUCGGUGUCAUCCUGUUCAUCCGUCUGACAUGGGUUGUAGGGACUGCUGGCGCCAUACAAGGAUUUCUCAUCGUCUUAUGCUGCUGUUGUGUCACUAUGCUAACAGCAAUUAGCAUGAGUGCAAUUGCAACGAACGGAGUAGUGCCUGCGGGUGGAUCUUACUUCAUGAUAUCGAGAAGUCUUGGUCCUGAGUUUGGUGGUGCAGUUGGAAUGUUAUUCUACACAGGCACAACUCUGGCAGCUGCCAUGUACAUCAUCGGUGCAGUUGAAAUUGUUCUGACAUACAUGGCACCAAACCUGAGCAUCUUCGGCGACCCUAACUCAGAUCCUACGGUAAUGGAGAAUAAUUUUCGAGUUUAUGGCACGGGUUUGCUCAUGAUUAUGGGUACUGUUGUUUUCAUCGGCGUUAAAUUUGUCAACAAGUUUGCUGGUGUGGCCCUUGCGUGCGUCAUAUUCUCUAUUAUUUCCGUAUACGUCGGGCUUUUCACGAAUAUCCAUGGAAACGAUGCACUCAAAAUGUGUGUUCUGGGGAAACGCCUCCUGAGGAACGUUUCCGUUACUGAGUGCGGAAAGAACUACAGCACAACGCAUGAUCUAUUCUGCAACAGUACAUCAGGAACGUGCGAUGAUUACUACAGAACUCAUGAUUUCAAAAUCGUGAAGGGAAUCAAAGGACUCGCGAGUGGUGUUUUCCUAGAGAAUCUGGCCGGAAGGUUCCAAACACUUGGACAAUACAUUGCUUACGGAGAGGAUCCCGUGGACGUAGACAAAAUAACAAAACCAAUAGCUCCAUUUAUAACCAAUGAUCUGACAACAGCCUUUACCAUUCUCAUUGGAAUAUUCUUUCCAUCCGUGACUGGUAUCAUGGCUGGCUCGAAUCGUUCCGGCGAUCUUGCGGAUGCCCAGAAGUCCAUUCCCAUCGGAACGAUCUGCGCGAUCCUGACAACUUCGACGGUUUACCUCUCCUCAGUGUUACUUUUCGCUGGUACCGUGGACAAUCUUCUGCUUCGCGACAAAUUUGGUCAGAGCAUUGGGGGCAAGCUGGUGGUUGCGAAUAUCGCUUGGCCAAAUCAAUGGGUCAUUCUCAUCGGCUCGUUCUUAUCGACUCUCGGGGCGGGGCUGCAGUCGCUUACAGGUGCUCCUCGUCUUCUCCAGGCCAUUGCCAAGGACAGUAUCAUUCCAUUCCUCUCACCAUUCGCUAAAUCAUCAAGUCGAGGAGAGCCCACUCGAGCUCUGAUUCUCACAAUUCUCAUUUGUCAAUGUGGUAUCCUCCUCGGUAACGUUGACUACCUCGCGCCUCUUCUCUCAAUGUUUUUCCUCAUGUGCUACGGCUUCGUCAAUCUCGCCUGUGCACUUCAGACCCUUCUGAAGACACCUAACUGGCGUCCGAGAUUCAAGUACUACCACUGGAGUCUCUCCUUCAUCGGCCUCUCCCUCUGUAUCGCCAUUAUGUUCAUGACCAGCUGGUACUAUGCACUUCUUGCCAUGGGCAUGGCUGGUGUCAUCUACAAAUACAUCGAGUAUCGUGGAGCUGAGAAAGAAUGGGGUGAUGGUAUCAGGGGUCUUGCCCUGUCAGCAGCGAGGUAUUCACUGCUGAAGCUUGAGGAAGGCCCACCUCAUACGAAGAACUGGAGACCACAGAUUCUGAUGCUCGUCAAACUGACCGAUGGACUCGUACCGAAGUACAGGAAAAUGUUCGCUUUUGCCAGUCAGCUGAAGGCCGGCAGAGGUCUCACGGUGUGCGUCAGCUGUAUCCGGGGCGAUUUCACCAAGAACUCCAGAGAAGCACUUGCGGCCAAACAGAGUCUCAGGAAAAUUGCGGAUGAGGAGAAGGUCAAGGGAUUCGUUGAUGUUCUCGUUGUCAGGGAUGUGGUUGAUGGACUCAGCUCUCUCAUUCAGACCACUGGUUUGGGCGGCAUGAAGCCGAAUACUGUGAUCCUGGGGUGGCCUUAUGGCUGGAGACAGUCCGAGGACGAUCACUGGAGAACAUUCUUACAGACAGUGAGGAAUGUUACAACUUCGAGGAUGGCUGUGCUGGUGCCUAAGGGGAUCAAUUUCUUUCCGGAUUCCACUGAGAAAGUCGUUGGGUUCAUUGAUGUCUGGUGGAUUGUUCAUGACGGAGGGCUCCUUAUGCUGUUACCGUUCUUGCUGAGACAGCACAGAACCUGGAGCAAGUGCAAGAUGAGGAUCUUCACGGUGGCGCAGAUGGAGGACAACUCGAUUCAGAUGAAAAAAGAUCUUAAGAAGCUGCUCUACAAUUUGAGGAUUGAGGGAGAGAUCGAAAUCGUGGAAAUGAUGAAUUCUGAUAUUUCGGCAUACACCUAUGAAAGGACUCUGGUAAUGGAGCAAAGGAACCAGAUGCUGCGUGAAUUGCGAUUGAAUCCGCAAGAAUCCCUUGGACUGGUGCAGACAUUGGACUUCGACAAGGUGCAAGCGGUCGUCGAUCACCACCACAAUGUGGACGUGAAGACAGCGACUAAAGUGAGGUUCCAGGAGCCAGGCUAUCAGGCAAAUGGUAUCGAUGAAGCUCAAGAGAAACUAGUGCAGGAAACGGCACUUGGGAAAGAAUCUGAAAGUGGUGAUAAUAACGAAAACAAAGCGAAGGCUAAUUCUGACGAUAAGUCAGAGGAGGAGAAGCGCUUGUUGUCUGGAUCACCUAAAGCGGAUAAUAAGGAGACAAGUGAGAAGUCUAAAGAGGCGAAAGAGAGUGCUAAUGACAAAAACGAGAGUGAGAGCAGUUCAGCUCCACCGCAACCGAUCAAACCGGAUGAGGACGAUGUACGGCGUAUGCAUACUGCGGUGAAACUCAACGAGGUUAUUGUCAACAAGAGCCAUGACGCUCAGCUGGUCAUUAUCAAUCUUCCUGGACCGCCCAAGGAAACGAAAAUUGAACGCGAAUCCAGUUAUAUGGAAUUCCUGGAGGUCCUCACCGAGGGUCUCGAAAAAGUCCUCAUGGUGCAUGGAUGCGGUCGCGAAGUAAUCACAAUGUACUCGUGAAGUGAGCCGUCAAGCCCAAAAUGUCGUAUCGAAGAAAUACGCCAUAAAAUGUCUAGUUUACUUUAUUUCUAUCUACGAUGCAAAUUUUCGCAUCUAGCUGUGCAACUAUCGUGCCAUCGAUGGGCAGUAACGUGAAUUUUUAUAAAAUUUACGCACCCAGUACGCCUUCGUAUUCUGGUUUAUAACCUGUGCAAUAAAAAAUCCUCGAGGUCGUUAUUAAUAACUCAAAGGACUCAGAAGAGGAGUGAAAGAUCUAAAUCGUAAAGAUGAAAAAGAGAAAUUCGAUUGAAGCUUGCUUACCUUCUGGCCUCGUGACGUCUGGAUGAGCCUUGAUUAAGCCAAAGUUACGUGCCAAGGAUAAGUUUCCUUCGAGUGGAUUUCGAUACAAUGUAACAAGUGUGGACGAAAAGUUUUAAUCCAAAACCUUUCGUAAGACGUCACGAGAUAAUACAUGAAAAUGCUCCAUUGAUCGAGUUCUCAGGCUAAAACUUUUGCUAAUUAGGUUCGAAUUUCGACGUGUCGUUAGCAUUCCCCCGAUGCGCCGUCCGAAGAGCAUUACAUGAAUAGUGAGUGGUCAAAUAGAUUAGACCUGUAAACGUGAGACAAUGGCUAAGUUUUUGAGGAGUACCACGGGAUCUGGGAGAAACAAGAUUCUGUGGUGCUCGCCAAAAAAUGAAAUCGAUCAAGCUUAUUCGAUCACUCGACCCCUCGUUAUCCCACGUUAACCUAUCAUCUCUUUAUAAAAACAAUUAAACUCCCGUCGAGACGUAAAUCAAAAUUUUUGGUCAACGGAUAGGAUCGAAGCACCGUGGAAAAACACUGCCAGAACAAUUUCCAUCUGCUUCGAUGUUUAACCUAAUGACAAAUCUUAGAGGCUCAUUUUUCUACAUGCAUUGUCGUUAAUGAAUAUUACAAAGUUAAUAGGUGUGUGUAACAAUUGUUUCACUUGCUUUUAGGUAGAGAGGACAAUUAGAAAGUUUUAAGGGUGCGACGUAUAUUAGGUAGCGAAAUUGUUAGUGAGCUAGAGGAUUAAAUCGUAUUGAAAGGAAUAAUGAAUUUUAUGGUCAAGUGGCAUGAAUCAUUUGUAUCGCUCGUUACAAUCGAUUGUUUCUGUUUUUUUGUGGGUUAGGAUUUGGGUUUUGAUAGUUCGUUGUUGUUUUUUCACACUUGACCAUCGGAAUCGCACCGAUAUGAUGAUUAUUUUUAACGACUGACUCUGGCGACUUUCUCAAUGCGUAUCGGAAUGAUUGAGAGAAAAACGUUGGACUUUCUGCUAUAAAUUUGGGAUGUCCAUCUAUUAUAUCGAAAUUCAUUAAAAGAUUCUGUAUUUUUCUCGUGGUAAUUCUUGAAUUCAAAUGUAAAUGUCGAUUUAUCGGUUUAAAGUAAUAAUCACUUGUGGAAAGAGUUCAGCGAAAAAUUUGACUUCCUUAAAAAAAUUUGUAUAGAAUGCAAUGAAAUUUCUUGCAGAAAGCGCUCGGUUUUUCGAUUGAUAAUCUUUCAUGCGUUCAAUCUAGUUACAUCUACCGUAAUUAACAUUUUCACAAAAACUAUCGACUUCUUAGAUCUCACAGUUUUAUGAAUACUGUCCAAGGCCUACUGGGCGUAUCGAAGAUGAAUUUCAAACUGAUAUUACGAAAGGUAGUGAUAAUUUAGAAUGUAUUAUUAACAGAUUUAGGAGGAGAUUUGUCGUCAGUGGUGAAAUGGGAUUAUCCUCGCGAAAGAUAACUAAAUGAUCGAUGAAAGAUUAAUGUAAGAAUUAAUUAUCGAAUUUUUUUAUUUCAACGGAUAAAAUACCGAUUAUUUAAAAGAGAUUGACAAAUACAUCUCUUUGUGUUGAUAAGAUGCCAGAGUGACGAAUUUUAAUGAAAUAAGUGGUGAAUUUAGCGACAGAAUUGAGAGCUACCAAUUCGUGAUUACAUUGUUUAACCUGUACCAUAGCUCAGAUCACGUUCCGGUUGCAAUGAAUAGAAACUGGAAAUGGCGGAUUGAAAGAAAAUCACAAAGUGCCGGGAAAUAUUUGACCAUGGAACAGGUUAAUCGAGGAAAUAGCCCCAAAUCUCUUCGACAAUGCCAUCAUUAGAUAGGCACUAGUAGCAACAAGUCUUUUUGACAAGAGAUAAACAAAAAAAAUCAAUUCUAAGAAAUGAUAAAAUAAAGAUUAAAAUCUAUAAACAAAGUUUCAUUGACUCAUUGAAGAUUAUAGGUAAUCCCGUCUACUUAAUCGGUGUCUGUGAAGAGAAUUAAUUAGUUAAAAAUAAACGAGUAAUUCAAUAGAUUAUUAAGACUCUGAACAACAUCCAAAGAUUAAACUAUAAAUAUUAGAGAAUUGAAUCAUUGAAGAAAAAUUAUUGAGGAAAGAAUAAGCACGUGUGUGAUGUGUUAAAACCUGAAUUAGGUGAAAAACUUCUAAAAGAAAUAUAUGAAGAUUAAUUAAUUAAAUUCUAUGUGGACUCACCCUGAUCGAUGUAAAGUGCACAGACUAUUCAGCAAUAGUAGCUAGGAACUUGAAAGUACGUUAUUAUGAUACAAAAAUGAAAAAAAAAAAUCAUAAACAGAAAUUUUAAUGAUAUAUCAUUAUCGAUUGACGAGUUUAUUCACAAAGCGAAGGAGUGAUGUUUUAUUAGAAACGGUUGGCGUUGAUUACAAAAUGUGGUGCGUAUUAAUUAGUUAAAAUCUGAGGAUUCAUCUUGUUUUUAAUUGUGGCGCAACAAAUCUAUUCUAAAGCCAAAGAUGAAAAAGCUUAUCUCUCUACGAUUCAUUACUUUCCUCAUCACAUUAAAAUACGUAAUUAUUGUUAAUUAUUUUUUAAGAGGCACUGUUAGACAUUAGAUCGUGAAUAAUUGAAUUGCCGCCAUUUUUAUUAGUAUAAUUUACUGUGUAUUUUAAUUUUAAUGAGUAUCCAAGCCCGAUAACUUAAAAAUUCACAAUAGAUUCGUAAAAUAUAUCUCGCAGUGAAUUCAUCUCCAUUCGACGGAUAAAGCUAUGAAUUAAUCAAGUAAUAUAAAAUUCUUGUUUCAAUAAUUGAAACAACUUGUAUUCAAUUUCACUGCUGCAUCGCAAAACAAAAAUGGAAUAAAAAUCCGAGAUUGAAAUAAAACAUAAACAACAAAGUAUUCAACGCAGAGCUGGUAUAGAUAACAAAUCUCUAUAUAUACAUAAAAAAAAUAUAUAUAUAUAGAAUUAUGAAUAAUUAAAUUCUAUCGUCCAAAGUGUUGCGGUUUAUAUUUUAUAAUUUUACUACAUUAAUUACUUACCGAUUAUAUAUUUUAUGAGUACUUACCUAUUUAAUAGGCAUCGGCACUGCAUAGUUUAUACGUGAAAUGUUGAAGAAAAAUAUUAUAUGAAAAAGAAAAACAGUCGUGAGAGAAACGUAAUGUUUAUUAUGGAAAUGUUGUUUCAACUGAGUUGCUAACACGUUGUAUAUACGAACAGUGAAGAAAACUAAAUAGAUAGUUUAAAAAAAAAGAAUAAAAAUACAUGACAAUUUUUUUUUCCAUCACUCAAGAGUACUGCUUGCUUUUUUUUUUCAAAGCGCAAAUUUUUUGGAUUUUUUUCCGUUGAAUUUCAAUGCACAAUUGCAUCGAGACAUGCAAUAUUGACAUGACAUUUUGUGUGUACUAUGUUAUUGGAGGUAAUGGUGAGAUUUAUUAAAUUUUCGAGUGAAUAGAUUUUAAUAUGGAGCGAGUUUGAUAAUCGAAAAAAAUUUUGCCAUUUUCUUUUUUUCUACUGAAAGUAGAAAUGGAAAAGAUGAAAAAUUUUUUCACUCGAAAAUAUUUAAACGUUCCUCUAUCAUACUCAGUAUCGUACUUCGCAACAUGAAUUUCGUAACGAACGAAAUAACAUUUGAAUUUUUAAAGAAUCACCUCUAGGCUGUGAGAUGCGAGCUAAGCAGCGAUAAACUUGCUCGAAACCUCAAUCAUAUGUGUCAAAUGAUGAAAAAUUCUUUACCUUUAUCGUAAUAAUUAUAUAUCCAAGAAUAAAUAAAUAAAUCCUUAAUCACGACUCGCAGAAUUCUUCGCAAAGACGUAAAUAACAAAAACGAUAACUCACGAGUUAAGAGAAUUAAUGAAAUGAUAAGUCAUCAGAUCCAGAGACUCCAGAGUUUCACGUACAGGUGUUUGUUAAUCUGUGAAAAGAUCAAAUGAAAAAGAAACGGUUAAGGGGAAAAUCUAGAGUUAAGUUUCAAAGGUAAAUGAAGAAAACUAUAUAAAUGAACUAAACGAUGGAUAUAUUUGUAGAUAAACAGACUUUUAGUCAUCUGGGGGUAGAUUAUUAACAUAGAGAGUCAAUACUGUGAGAUACCUAUAACCCGUAGACUCUAGAUGAGAAGAUCAAUUAAAUGAAUGAAUAAAUACUUGUAAUUAAAUUAUGAAGGAAGAUUCUAUGAAAGAUAAUACUGCGAUUAAAAGCGAUUGAAAAAUAAACGAUGUAUCUACGACCA